AUGGAGCCGUCGAUACGGUGCGUCGUCGACGUCGUCCACGCCUCGCGCGCCCGCGGGUGCCUCAGUCUCGCCGGUGGGGGCACGAAGGCGCUGAGUUGGCUCGUCGGUGCGCCCGGAUGCUCGAGAACUUUGAUCGACGCGCGCGUCCCGUACGCUCGAGAGGCCACGGACGAGGCCGCGGGAAAGGGAGGAUUGGGUACGACGUCGUACGCGUCCGUGGACGCCGCGACGGCGCUGGCGGAGGCGUCGUACGAGCGCGCGGUGCGGAUGGGCGGGGCGAGCGGGCGGGACGCGCGGGCGACAUUCGGCUUGGGCGCGGCGUGCGCGUUGACGAGCGAAGAUGUGCGAGAUAUGCGGGGUGAUCGGAGGUGCUUCGUGGUUACGAGAAGUGCGAGCAGGGCGGUGACGUACGAGAUGCGGUUAGAUCGGGAGAGCGGACGGACGCGGUUCGACGAGGAGGAGUGCGCGAGUCGCUUGGUCCUGCGCGCGUUGUUCGAGGAAGCGAGACGGUUCCCGGACGACGUUGAGGGGGAUUCCGUGGGCGGACGCGAGAGGUUGGAUGUCUCGCCCGACGCCGGGAUGGAUUUAGUUCGAGACGUACUGUCAACGAGCGAGAUGGAGGGGCUCGUGGUGACGACGAUGGAGGAGUCGGCGUACGAGUCCGGGACGACGCGGGACGUUCUCGAGCGGUGGUUACGAACGGCGUCCGAUGACGAUGGCUCGGAAUCGAUAUUGGGACGACGGAUACGCGGUGCGGAGAUGUUAGAGUUCACGGGAGGUAGGCUUACCGCGGUGGGGGCUUCGCGAGCGAAUGUCAUCCUGAGUGGCUCCUUCAACCCGCUCCACGACGGCCAUCGUGAGUUGCUCGCCGCCGCAAUCGCGAUGAAACCACUCGGUGCGAUCGGAGCGUACGAAAUUGGCGUCACGAACGCGGACAAGGGUACGCUCGCAGUGGACGAGAUCGCCCGCAGACUGGAGCAGUUCUCCGACCCGGACUGCGUGUGUGUUCUCACCAAGACGCCCCUCUUCGUGGACAAGACUGGGGUCCUUCCUGGGACCACCUUCGUCGUCGGCGUCGACACUGCCAUUCGUUUGCUCGACCCAAAGUAUGCGGGUUCCCAAGAGGCCCUCUCCGACUCCCUCGAGCGCGUCCGGGACAACUCCUGCGACUUCGUCGUGGCCGGCCGCCUCGACCGCUCCACCGCCACUUUCGUUCCUCCGCACGACGUAUUUGCCUCCGCACGCGCGUGCGGCGCCGCCUCUCUCUUCACCCCUAUGAAUGACUUCCGUGUUGACCUCUCGAGCACCGAGAUCCGGGCGAAGACCACCCCUCGUUGA